UCCGCCGGGCGGUGGCCGGGGCCGUGCCGGAGCCACCGCAGCACGGCGCUGACCGACACCUCUUCCUGCAGCAGCAGCUCCAAAACCGCCGCCAUUCCCGGCCCCGCUCCCGCCGAGCACGCGCACAACCCGCGCCGGGGGCGGGCCCGGCGUGUCCCCCCUUGCCGCGGGGGCGGCGCCGAGCGGGGAUUCCCGCCGGGGAGGCGGGCGGGGGCCGCGCCCCCUCCCCAUGUCAACACGCGGGGCACGGGGCGCCUGCGCCGGUCCGUGCGCGUCUUUUCCUCUCAUGCGCGGUAUUUCCUUCCCCAGCAGGGCUCGGGGCCCGGCCUAGCGGCGGCGGCACCCGCGGGCCGGGGCGCACGGAAGGGCAGCGGCGUCCCGCCCUCCCCGCGGCCCCUCGCCCGCCCGCCCGCCGACACCCGCGGCGGAGGAUGGCCGAGGACUCGCCCAAACGGCGCAAGGCGAACUUCAACGAGGCGGAGACGGAGGUGCUGAUCGAGCAGGUGCUGAAGCACGAGCAGCUGCUGUUCGCGGCGGGACCCGGCCGCGCCUCCGCGGGCCAGAAGCGGAAGGUGUGGGAGCUGAUCCGGCACAAGGUGAACCCGGUGGCCGCCUGCCCCCGCGACGUGGAGGACCUGAAGAAGCGCUGGCGGGACCUGAAGCGCCGCGACCGCAGCAAGCUGUGCCGCCUCUCGCAGGGCUGCGGGCCGCCCGCGCCCCCCGCCCUCGGCCUCCUCCUGGCCCCCGAGGAGCUGCCGCCCGCCGCCGCGCCGCCCGCCCGCCGCCCGCGCCGCGCCUACGGCUCCCUGCUGCCCGCCGAGGCCGUGCCCAUCGUGGGCGGCAUCGACACGCUGGAGCUGCCCGGCGCCGUCGUGGGGGACAUGGGGUUUAAUGGCAGUCCUGGCCCAUCUCAUCAAUCCAGUCUUGAGCAGAUGAACCUCAAAGAAGAAAUAGUAGUGAAGGUGGUAGAGCCAGAAGAAAACUCUGAGGACAUGGUAGUGGUUCCACCUAGUCAAGAACAACUGCCUUUCCUGGGGACAUCGGGCGGUGGUUCCUCUGGGAAAGUAAAAGCCAAAACAAAAGGCAGGUGCCAGGCAGACCACAAUGAAAUGACUGAAGAGGACCUACUGCAGAUUCAGCAGACCCAAAUACAGGUGAUCCAGUCUGGCUUUGACAGCGUCAACCACAAUCUUCGGCUGCUGCAGCAAGGCAUGCAAGAUCUGAAUAACAGCAUCAGCAUCAUGGCACAUACGCUUGUUGCUAUCAAGAACGUCUAUGUGAAAAACAACACUGGCCCACCCACACAUGCCACUGCAUCUACUCAGACCACAGCUGGGUACCUGAGCCCAGGAUCCCCCCAGCUCUCCCCUGCUAAGGACAGAGCUAGAGCACAGGUGGCUGGAAGCAGCAGCAGAAGCAGCAGCUGCAGCUCCAGCUCCAUGUCACAAGAACCAGGUCCUUCCGAGUUUCCUAGGCCCCCCCUGAGAACCAUUAAGAAAGAACAUCCAAAUGGCUGCUACUACUUCUGCUUUGCAGAUGUGUAAAAACUUGAAUAGUUGUAAAAUGACUGUGUUGUUGGGUGCUAAUGUAUGUUCUGCUCCGCCUGUGACUUUGAAGGAGCGAAAUGGACUUGCCUCCCAUGUUUUUCCCAGUGGGAAACAUUUUGCUGUAGGUGGCGUUAAACACUAAUUACCAGUCUCCAGUUAACUCUGUUGCAGUUGGCUAAUAAAGUUCUUCUCUUUUCUUUAUCCUCUUAUUCUCUUAAAAAAACCAAACAUUUAUUUUGAGUAAGACUUUUGUCUGUAUCAUCCUUUGUUUAAUGUCACCUUGUGAAAAAUAAAAGGCAUGGGAGUGGGGUAUAAAAGUAACAUUAUGGUUACUACCACCAGGAGCUAUCUUACAGAAGCUACUUGGUUCUUAGUUACAAGCCUCAGAAUAGCUGACUUUUUAAGUACUUGCCUUCUCUAAUAGUUAUGUUUGGGAUGUUUGCUUGGUAGUUGUUGUUGAGAUUUUAUAAGUCUGGAGGAAUUUGAGACACUUGCUUAUUUUAGGAAUGGUUUAGCACUGAGCAUUCACUAGCAUUCAUGAGUGCUCUCCUCAGAAGUCAUACAGCAGUGUUCCACUUGGCUGUUUUCAUUCCCAGCUUGUCAAAUGCACUUUCUCUUCAGAGACAUUGUGCUUUACUGCACUAGCAGGAUAGUCUCUUUUUUUAACCAGUCACAUGGUUAAAAUAGAGAAAUACAGAAAAAUGAGGAAUGGAUGAGUGAUGCUUGAUUCUGACAUAUUAUAUGUAGGCAUAUAAUUUCUGACAGGUUAUAUGUAGGCUGCAUCUUCAUCUGAUUUUGUUAGCCUUAUGGAAUCAAUACCACAGUAUUUGAAAUACAGAGAACAAAAAGCUUUGUAUUGUUUUACAUGAAAUGGAAUUCAGAUUUGCUGUUAAAUUUCAGGAGGCAGAGGCUCACUUCAUUCCAGACAAAUGCUCCUGCAUAGUUUAGAAAGCUUUCAUUAUAAUUUCAUUUCUCGUAAUUAUAUAGCCAAGAAAGAAGAAAGAUGAGGAAGAGCUGGAGCAAAAUGUAGUCUGGUGUCAACUCUGAACCAAGCAGAAAUCAUUUUAUCUUCAUGCCAAAAAGAAAAAUUGCCAUUUCACAUUUAGAUAGGGAAAACUGUUGUCACUGGCACUAUUUUGUCUUCCAGGCUUACAUAUUUGAGCCACUCUACUUUGCACAAUUCAGAAGUAGCAGGGGUGCAAUGUUCUUAUAUCUGGUGUCCAUACUGGAGGUCAAACAAAAACACUCUCAA